GGACAGACGCCAACCGGCGGUAGUGUGAUUCGUCUGGAAAGGAAACCCGGGCUCAGGAAACUUAAAAAAAGAACUACUCUCACACGUUGGGACAAUCCUGAGUGACACUGCAGGAAAAGGAGAGAGCAAGCUCAUUUCUGAGCCUGGCUUUGUGCGUGGAGGAGCUGAUGUAAACAGUGUCAAACUGCUGAUGCUGACUGAAAAAAAUAAGAGGGAAGGAGACAGGUUUUUGGAGCUUUAACUGGAAACAAAGCUAGAUUAAUAAAGUCAAAACCAUGAGCCAAUUUUGGAACCAAUUGCAGGCUGGCAGUUCUGAAGUGGACUGGUGUGAGGGAAAUUACAUGAUUGUCUCAAACAUUGCUGAAUUUUACAACACGAUCAGCAAUGUUUUGUUUUUUGUGUUGCCACCUAUAUGCAUGUACUUAUUUCGACAGUAUGCAACAUGUUUCAACAGUGGGAUAUAUCUAAUUUGGACUUUGCUUGUUGUUGUAGGUAUAGGUUCAGUUUAUUUUCAUGCAACUUUGAGUUUCAUCGGUCAGAUGUUAGAUGAACUAGCCAUCCUUUGGGUUCUAAUGUGUGCGCUGGCUAUGUGGUUCCCCAGACGGUAUUUACCAAGGAUUUUCCAACGAGACAGGAGCCGAUUUAAAGCUGCUGUUGGUAUUCUAUCUGGUGUUGCCACGUGUCUUGCGUUUGUGAAACCAGCAAUCAAUAACAUCUCAUUGAUGACAUUAGGAGUCCCCUGUACAGCUCUACUUGUGGCUGAAUUAAAAAGGUGUGAAAAUGUCCGUGUUUACAAGCUGGGUCUGUUAGCAGGUUUUUGGUGGGCUCUUGCUAUAUUGUGCUGGAUUAGUGACAACCUUUUCUGUGAACUCUGGUCUGCAUUCAACUUUCCAUACCUACAUUGUGCCUGGCAUAUUUUGAUCUGUCUGGCUGCUUAUCUGGGUUGUGUGUGUUUUGCUUACUUUGAUGCUGUGUCAGAAAUCCCAGAACAAGGUCCAGUCAUCAAGUUCUGGCCGAGCGAGAAGUGGGCCUUCAUUGGAGUUCCAUAUGUUUCAUUCCUUUUCGCAGAAAACAAGUCUCAGCUAAAAGUGACCUAACGGAAAAAGUGACAGAUAGGGCAGCACAUUAUUUUGAAUGCAAGGCUAUGGAAAAGUCCAUUGCGUCAGACUGCAUGCCUCUCAGGUUAUGUACUUUGCACCUUAGAUCAAAUUUAUUAUUCUGCUCACACUUUCUCAGGGACCAUACUUUAAGCAGAUCAAAACAAACUGUUUGCGAGAGGGUGCAAGUUGCUUCUAGAACUGAGUGGAAACGUAGCAGAUUUACAGCUUUAUUUUUAAAGAAACCAUUUCAGAAAACACUGUGAAUAAAUUUCUGUAUGUUCAA